GUUAUUGAAUUAUAAAGUGCGGGACUGAAGAGGCAAAGAGAGAAAGGGCUUUAUCCAAUAUAGUCUUCAAAGCCACAACUCCAUGUGAAGGCUCUCACAGCCCCUUGAGCAUAAAUUUGAACCAUACAAGGCUUUGACAGAUUACCUUAAUCUCUCUAUGUCUAUAAAUAUUACAUAGCGCGCUCUCCCUUUCUCUUACACACUUUUUCAGGUGUCCAUCUCUUUUUUUAGAUCAGUUUUACCUUUAGUGAGAUACUUUAUUUCUGACCUUUUUUUUGUUUUAUUAUGGUUUAUGGCUCUUUACACAUUUUGAUUAGAAGAUAAGUAUGCUUCUGAUUUUGUUCUCCUAACUUGACUUUGAAGUAUUACACCUUACACCUGUUCCAUAAUCCAUAAACAGAUCUAUACUAAACCUCUUCUUAUAAUCAUUCUUUAGGAAUAUAUAUCCACUUUAGUACUUGUUAGCCUUUCUUGACAAGAAAACCCUUUUAAACCUUUCUUAUAUUCUUAUUGUUCUUCAUACCCAAAUAACAAAACUAGGGAACUUGUCUUUUUACAAUAAUUCUUUCAGCUUACAAAAAUGAAGAGCUCAAAUAAUCAACACCCAUUAAAUUCUGUUUCAAAGCAUUUUAAUCUCCAGCUUGUUCGCUUCCUUCCCUAUCUCCUCUUUUUGGCCUUUGGUGUGACCAUUGGUAUCAUCAUCAGCUUCUACCUCAAAAGCUUUAGUCUCCAGCACACUCAAUUCUUACACUCUUCAUCAUCACAGAUUAAUGCACCACCACCAAAUACAAUGCCCCCACCAAUUGAAAAACCAGAAGUAUCUGAUUCUAACCUCAAUCAAGAGGGGCCGGAAGAAUUUACUCCACCUUCUAAUGUUGUGCAUAAUACACAAGAGUCUAUUCAGCCUUCCAUCGUUGUGCAUGAUACCAAAAAGUUUAUUCAGCCUUCUAAUCAUGUUGUGCAUAACAUGAAAGAGUUUAUUCAUCCUUCUAAUGUUGUGCAUGAUAUGAGUGAUGAAGAACUGUUAUGGAGAGCUUCAAUGACCCCUAAGAUCAGAGAAUACCCCUUUGAUCGAGUCGCCAAGGUGGCCUUCAUGUUCUUGGUAAGGGGUCCUGUGCCUUUGGCUAUUUUUUGGGAAAGGUUCUUCAAAGGGCAUGAAGGAUACUACUCUAUUUAUGUACAUUCCAAUCCUUCUUACAAUGGAUCAGACCCGGAGAGUUCAGUGUUUCAUGGAAGGAGAAUUCCUAGUAAGAAAGUGGAAUGGGGAAAAUUCAACAUGAUUGAAGCAGAGCGUCGCCUUCUGGCGAAUGCCCUUCUUGAUUUCUCAAACCAACGUUUUAUUCUGAUAUCAGAAUCAUGCAUCCCUCUAUUCAACUUCUCAACAAUCUACUCAUAUUUGAUGAACUCCACCCAAAGCUAUGUGAUGGCUUAUGAUGAAGAUAGUCUAGUUGGACGUGGACGUUACAACCCUCGCAUGUCCCCUAUGGUCACCCUCAAGCAAUGGAGAAAAGGGUCUCAAUGGUUCGAAAUGGACAGAGAACUUGCCCUAGAAGUGGUGUCAGACAAAACCUACUUCCCAAUUUUUCAAGAGCACUGCACGAGACCAUGCUAUGCUGAUGAACACUACUUGCCAACAUUUGUUAACAUAAUGUUUCCGGAGAAGAAUUCUAAUAGGAGUUUGACUUGGGUUGACUGGUCAAAGGGUGGCUUGCAUCCAACUAAAUAUGUGAGACCAGAGGUCACUGUGGCGUUUUUGGAGAAUUUGAGGAACCAGAAAUGUGAGUAUAAUGGACAAGCUUACACAAAUGCUUGUUUUCUCUUUGCGAGGAAAUUCUUGCCCACUUCUUUGACAAGGCUCAUGAGGUUUUCUCCAAGUGUCAUGCACAUACAAUGAUGUUAGUUGGCUGUUGCUAUUUGCGCCAAAGCAAAAUUGUUACUAAACGAAUAAUAAUAUUCAAUUCAUUCUUUUCCUCUUGCAAGUGUU